AUGGGGUUCAGCGACGAGAAGGCGCUGCAGGGCCGGGAUGGGGAUCCCGAGGAGGAGGAGGAGGAAGAGGAAGAACUUGUGGAUCCAUUAACUACAAUCAGGGAACAUUGUGAGAAAACAGAAAAAUGUGUGAAGCUUCGGGAAGUUCUAGAGCAGUGUGAUGCUCGGGUGUCAUCAAGGUCUCACACAGAAGAGACGUGUACAGAGGAGCUCUUUGACUUUUUGCAUGCUAGAGACCACUGUGUAGCUCACAAACUCUUCAGCAAGUUGAAAUAAAUGUUCAUACAAACCUAACUCCUC